AUGAUGGCGACACAAUCAACGACGGCGUUUGCCCUGGGCGUCCUAGCCCUGGCCCCCGGGGGGGCCAACAUCGACAGCAGGACCGGUGGUGGCGGGAGCAGCAGCAGUAGGGGCGUGGGACUAGUAGAUGCGUUCGUCGGGCAGCCGACCACGAUUCGGGCUGGCGACGGGGGCUCCGCAGAAUUCUCCGCGAGACGCUCCGGUCUCCAUCGCUGCGUCGGCCCACCCUGCGAGAAGCUCGGCGGAGCCAGCGGCAGCAGCAGCAGGAGCGGUCGUGACGGCGUGAAGCCACGCGUCACUCGAACGACCGGGUUCGGCAACAGCGCAGAGGACUUCAAGUAUGUGGCGGACAUCAAAGGCGGGGUUGUCGGUUUCCUGGAGGCGAUGGACCAGUCCUUGUCCGGCGAGCUGCUUCGGCAUCGUCUUCGGGUGUUGGCAGAGGCGCAUGCCCUGGCCGGAUCAGGGGCCAUGUUCUACGAGAUCGACCUCAAUGCCAACCCGGAGGUUCACAAGAUGCUGGACAUCCACGCUACGCCGACGGUGCUUCUUUACUGUUCGGGCCAGCUUGUGGACGAGUUCACCUGCGCCGGCGAUUCAGGGCCUAGGGUGAUGCUCAAGCACAUCGAGGAGCAGGUGGGUUCCAUCCCAGACCCGUGGCAUAGAAUACGGUCUGGGCCUUCCCCCGAGUCGCCGACUCCGGGGACGACGUCGAGCGUCUCGGCUACGGAGGAUGAUGCCUGA